GGCGCUGGGGGGCUCCCUCCGGGGCAGCGGCUCGAUGAUUUCCGGAUACAGUUUGCUCACUUUACCAGCAGCUAUUUAUUCAAAAGGCCAACGCUGCAAACUCCGCUCCGGGGUCGCUCUUUCUGUGCGGGGCUGGGCCUGGCACCGGCACCGGAAGCUGAGGGGCAGAGGGAGUCCUCGCCCCGAGUGGAAGCGGCGGGGCCGGUCUGAGCAGGGUCUCUCCGUGCUCGCCCCGCUGACUGGGGGCGGGAAGCGGGAGCAGAUCCCGCCUGUACACGCGGGGCGCGGCGCCUGCGCAGUGCGGAAGCCUAGCCGGACCCGCGGUGCUAGAGGCCUGUCACUUCUUCCUGGUGCUCCCUCCUCGCUGCCUGGCCGGAGCAGGAUCCCCUCUCUCGGGGCUCUCCCCGGCCCUUCGGUUGAAACUUGUAUGGCAGUCAUUUAUGUGGAUCUGUGAUGGAGCUAUAACUAUGUCCCAAGUCAAGCCAACAUCAUUUUGACCGUCCUCUUCUGAAUGUGAAGGAACAUUUUGAACAGUGAAGUUGCAAGAUCUUACUCAUCAAGACAACUGGAACCAUGUUGUGCUGGGGAAAUGCAUCCUUUGGACAGCUUGGAUUGGGUGGAAUUGAUGAAGAGAUUGUAUUAGAACCCAGAAAAAGUGACUUUUUCCUAAAUAAAAAGGUCCGAGAUGUAGGAUGUGGACUCAGACACACUGUUUUUGUCCUGGAUGAUGGGACUGUGUAUACAUGUGGAUGUAAUGAUCUAGGACAAUUAGGGCAUGAAAAAUCCAGAAAGAGACCAGAACAUGUUGGUGCCCUGGAUGCCCAAAAUAUUGUGUCUGUUUCAUGUGGAGAAGCCCACACACUAGCAUUAAAUGACAAGGGCCAAGUGUAUGCUUGGGGUCUUGCUAAUGAUGGACAGCUAGGCUUGCCUGGAACAGAGGAAUGUAUCCGAAUACCCAGAAAUAUCAAAAGCUUAUCAGAUAUCCAAAUAAUGCAAGUUGCCUGUGGCUACUAUCACUCACUUGCACUCUCAAAAGGAAGUGAAGUUUAUUCCUGGGGACAGAAUAAAUAUGGCCAACUGGGUAUAGGUUAUGAAUUUAAAAAGCAGACUUCACCUCAACUGAUUAAAUCUUUACUGGGAAUCCCUUUUGCACAAAUUGCAGCAGGAGGAGCACAUAGUUUUGUACUAACUCUUUCCGGAGCCAUUUUUGGAUGGGGACGCAACAAAUUUGGUCAACUUGGUCUUAAUGAUGAAAAUGACAGGUAUGUUCCUAAUCUGCUGAAGUCCCUAAGAUCUCAGAAAAUUAUUCACAUCUGUUGUGGAGAAGAUCAUACUGCUGCUCUUACAAAGGAAGGUGGGGUUUUUACAUUUGGAGCUGGAGGCUAUGGACAGUUGGGUCAUAAUUCUACCAGCCAUGAGAUAAACCCAAGGAAAGUUUUUGAACUUAUGGGAAGCAUUGUCACACAGAUCGCUUGUGGGAGGCAGCACACCUCUGCAUUUGUUCCUUCAUCUGGAAGAAUUUACUCCUUUGGUCUUGGAGGUAAUGGACAGUUAGGAACAGGAUCAACCAGUAAUAGGAAAAGUCCCUUCACAGUAAAAGGAAACUGGAUUCCUUAUAGUGGGCAGUGCCUGCCAAGCACAGACAGUGAAGAAUAUUAUUGUGUAAAGAGACUUUUCUCUGGUGGGGAUCAAAGUUUUUCACACUACUUUAAUCCACAGAACAUGAUGCCACCAGAUGACUUCAGAUGUCCUGACUCUUCAAAGCAGAUCUGGACUGUGAAUGAAGUAUUUAUUCAGAAAUUGCUGACUUGUCCAUCUGGAAGGCUUCCUGUGGAGAUAGCUGAUGAAAUAGAUGGAACAUUUUCUUCAGCUGGCUGCCUAAACGGGAGUUUUUUAGCUGUCAGCAAUGAUGAUCACUAUAGAACUAGUGCUCGAUUCUCGGGGGUUGAUAUGAACGCUGCUAGACUACUAUUUCACAAACUUAUAAGUCCUGACUAUCCUCGUAUAUCACAACAGGUUGCAGCUAGUUUGGAGAAGAACCUUAUUCCUAAAUUGACUACUUCCUUACCUGAUGUUGAAGCCCUAAGGCUGUAUCUCACUCUACCAGAAUGCCCACUGAUGAGCGAUGUGAACAAUUUUACAACACUAGCUAUUCCUUUUGGAACAGCUGUUGUAAAUCUAGAAAAAGCUCCACUGAAAGUGCUUGAAAACUGGUGGUCUAUACUUGAACCUCCAUUGUUCCUCAAGAUAGUGGAGCUGUACAAGGAUGUUGUGGUCCACCUCCUAAAAUUAUACAAGAUUGGUAUCCCCAAUUCUGAAAGAAGAAUCUUUACCAGUUUUCUACACACUUCUCUCAAAGUUCUGGAAAUUUUACAUAGGGUAAAUGAGAGAGGAGGACAAAUUAUACAGUAUGACAAAUUUUACAUUCAUGAAAUACAAGACUUGAUAGAUAUCAGAAAUGACUACAUCAACUGGAUCCAGCAGCAGGCAUAUGGAAUGGACAUCAACCAUGGAUUAACUGAGCUAACAGAAAAUCCAGUUACAAUUUGCACAUACCCUUUUGUGUUCGAUGCACAGGCAAAGACUACACUCUUGCAAACAGAUGCUGUCUUACAAAUGCAGAUGGCUGUUGACCAGGCUCACAGACAGAAUUUCUCAUCUAUUUUUCUCCCUGUAUUUGAAUCUGUCAAUCCUUGUCUAAUAUUAGUGGUGCGCAGAGACAAUAUUGUAGGAGAUGCUAUGGAAGUCCUAAGGAAAACGAAGAAUGUAGAUUACAAGAAACCACUCAAGGUUAUUUUUGUAGGGGAAGAAGCUGUUGAUGCAGGAGGUGUUCGCAAAGAAUUUUUCUUGCUCAUCAUGAGAGAGUUGCUUGAUCCCAAAUAUGGAAUGUUUAGGUACUAUGAAGAGUCCAGGCUCAUCUGGUUCUCUGACAAGACCUUUGAAGACAGUGACUUGUUCCAUUUGAUUGGUGUUGUCUGUGGGCUUGCAAUAUAUAAUUUUACUAUUGUAGACCUUCAUUUCCCCUUGGCUUUGUACAAGAAGCUGUUGAAUAAGAAGCCUUCCCUAGAUGACUUAAAAGAGUUAAUGCCUGAUGUUGGCAGAAGUAUGCAGCAGUUACUGGACUACCCAGAAGAUGACAUAGAGGAGACAUUUUGUCUCAACUUUACAAUCACUGUGGAAAAUUUUGGAACAACAGAAGUAAAAGAGCUGGUUCCCAAAGGUGCUGAUGUUCCUGUGGUCAAACAAAAUAGGCAAGAAUUUGUAGAUGCCUAUGUGGAUUAUAUCUUCAGUAAAUCAGUGGCUUCCUUAUUUGAUGCAUUCCAUGCAGGCUUUCAUAAGGUGUGUGGUGGUAAAGUUCUUCAGCUCUUCCAGCCCAGUGAGCUGCAGGCGAUGGUGAUUGGGAACACAAAUUAUGAUUGGAAAGAACUGGAGAAGAACACAGAAUAUAAAGGAGAAUAUUGGGCAGACCAUCCUACAAUUAAAAUCUUUUGGGAUGUUUUUCACGAGUUACCACUGGAAAAGAAAAAGCAGUUUCUGUGCAUCAAUGGUGAGAACCUACGGGUCUUGAAAGCAUAUGGAAAGAACCUUGAGGAUGUUUCCCCAGACUUUCCACCACAUCAGGGAGUUGAGGACCUGUUUUGGACAUGUAAGUGAAGUUGCCUGAGUUUGGGGGAGUAGUCCCAUGUUUUCAGAAGAAAAGUGUGAAGGCACCUGACUUGUGAUUUUUGCCAAUGGGUAACUCCUAUGCAUGAGACCAGGAGGCCCAGUAGCUGAGGGCAGGGAGCUCUUUCACUUGGCCAGUGUGGAUAUCAGAUUCUGAAUCUUCUGGAAUCUGUUUACUGAUUGGUACAGCUGUGCUGUUGAAGUAUCUAUUUCCACACCCAGAUGAAUUAUUCUUGUUAAGGGGUUCAGGGAACUUUACUUCAUGUUUAUUAUGAAUCCGAGUGCUUGCAGGAGAUCCAGAGUCUGAAAUGUGGUACUGUGCGCUACCGCCUGGGGUGGGGCUCUGAUUAAGGAGUCAUCAAAAAGAGGGUACAGGUGAAUACCCUGGGACCUGAGUCUGGCUAUGGUCACCACCAGCAUCAUCAUAAAUACCAUGGGGGCUGAUAAGACACCGAUUGGAAGUGUUAGGUACUAAUAGUGAUUCGUGAUAUAAGCAGCAAAUCUCAGAAGCCUGCAGGGGCACACUGGAAUGUGAAGGAAUGCAUCUGCCAAAUUGACUGAGGUUAGGAAGUACCCUGACACAGGGAUGUUGCUAUCAGUUAGUUUCCAUCUGGAACUUAAUUUUCCUUAUUUGUUUGUUGAGCCUUUUGAAGUUGAGGAUGACCUUGACUCCUCUAGUGUGUACUUCUGAGCAAUGACGAAGGUGGAGUAAAACCCUAAUCAAUGCUCUCCUGUGGAAACUCCUCCUAUUGUUGUAUGGCCAGAAGUUGGGAGAUCUUGUUCUGGACCAGCUUGCACUUUUGCAGGGUUGCGGGAGGUUGGAUGAAGAAGGGAUGGGGUGGAGCCCUUUGCUCAAGAGGAUAUUCCUGGAACACACUUACCUUUCUGUGAUUGAAACAAACCAUUUAUCUGGAAAAUGGAAAAUCCUGCUGCUCAGGUCUGGGUGGAGGCACAUUUGCUUGUUGUCGUAAAGGGCUUUUGAAGGUUGCAGGAGCUCCUCUAGAUUUUCCUCUUGUUCCUUGGUUCCAAGGUUUUCCCUUGACACAUCUGUAUCUGGUUUUCUCUGAAACCUCGGUGAGGAAGAUGGAUAAAAGGAGCGUAUCUGGGGUUUGUAGUGGUUUGGAGUCCCUUCUUGGAAUACUAAGUUGAGUAGGGAAGGACUAUUCGGUUUUAGUCACAUUUUCAGUCACUGUCUUGUCCAGUUUUUCUCUGAAGAAGAGAGAUAUUGUGCAUGUAGAAGAGCACGGGAAAUGUUUGAAGUGUCUACUUUCAAGAGACAAAGCCAUCUGUGUCUCCUGGCAGUGGAGCUCGAUGCCACGGUCCUGGCAGAAAACCUCAUAGUAUCCAUUAACGCAUCUGCCAUUAAUGCUGUUGCUUAAGAGAUUUUCUUAAGUAUAGACUUAGUAAGUUUGGUUUCUGAUCUUAAGGGCUUUCAGGUCAUAGAAUCAUAGAAUAGAAUCAUAGAAUAUCAGGUUUGGAAGGGACCUCAGGAGGUCAUCUAGUCCAACCUUCUGCUCAAAGCAGGACCAAUCCCCAACUA